AUGUCAGAGGACAACGAGGUCAAGACCUCUGCCGAAGGCGCCCAAGCCUUUGUCGACGGAUACUACAAGAGCUGCUCGGAGCGACGCCAGCUCGCCUCGUACUACAUCAACAGCAGUGCGCACUACCGGGGCGCCAACAUGCAAGCCGACAUCAGCAUCAACGGCAUGGUCCUCGAGGACCCGACCAAGUUCGAGGAGCUGCUCGAGAAACAGGCCAACGGCGGCCGAGUCAAAUACGACGUCGAGGGCUUCGACGCGCACGUUCUUAACGCAAACUUUGUCGUCGCCAUGCCCGAGAACCUCAGGCCCGCCCAGCAGGCCGGUCGCACCAGCCGCGACCGCGCCGACCGCGACCACAAGAUCUCCAUCAUGGUCAUGGUCAACGGCGCCGUCCAGUUCGGCGCCGACAGGAGCGCGCCCCGUAGGCCCUUUACCGAGGUCUUUGUCCUGGUGCCCAACUGGGAUUCCAUGGGACCCAAGGCCCAGCGCGGCGCCAAGAGGUUCCUGAUUUUGAGCCAGAACUACCGGGCUAUGUGA